GGCGGCCUCGCCCCCUUCAGGAGGAGGCGCGGCGGGGAGCGGCCGCUGCCCCGCCAUGGCCGCCGCGGGCGCCUGGGCCGGUGCCCGAUGUACCUGAAGCGGCCGGCGGGCGGGCUGGCUUUUUGCCUCUUCUACCUGGCGUCCUGCUUCACCAACAAGUAUGUCCUGUCUGUCCUGAAAUUUACCUACCCUACCCUUUUUCAAGGGUGGCAGACGUUAGUCGGUGGACUUCUGCUUCAUAUCUCCUGGAAGUUGGGCUGGGUGGAAAUAAGCUUGUGUUCAAGGUCUGAAAUCCUGUCAUGGCUGCCUGCUUCAGUACUUUUUGUGGGCAUUAUUUACGCUGGCUCUAGGGCACUAUCUAGAUUGCCAAUUCCAGUGUUCCUCGCCAUACAGAACGCAGCAGAAGUCAUAACCUGUGGCUUCCAGAAGUUUGUGCAGAAAGAGCAGACCUCUCAUCUGAAAGUGUGUAGUGUGCUGUUCCUUCUGGUAGCAGCAGUGUGCCUUCCUUUGUUUGACACACAGUUUGAUCCAAACGGUUAUUUCUGGGCCCUAAUUCACUUGAUCUGCGUUGGGGCUUACAAAGUAUUUCACAAGCUCUGGAAACCUAGUUCUUUCAGUGAAUUGGACCAACAGUACAUCAAUUAUGUAUUCAGUGUGGUGUUGUUGGCCUCUGCAUCCCAUCCAGCAGGUGAUCUCUUCAGUGCCUUGGACUUUCCAUUCCUGUACUUCUACAGAUUUCACAGCAGUUGCUGCGCCAGCGGGCUGUUGGGAUUCCUUCUGAUGUUGCACACAGUGAAGCUAAGAAGCAGCACAACCUCAGGGCAAUAUGCAGCGUGGAGUUUCCUUGCAAAGGUCCCUGUGGUGUCCUGAAGAGAAAGGAUAGAGUAGAUCCAUCUUCAUAUCAGUGAAAAAAAAAUGGAUAACACUCCUAGAGAUUGGAAAGUACUGAUGCUUUUUUUAUUAAAGCAGAAAAUCUAUUUUUUCCUGCUUCUCAUAAAACGGAGAGGCCACAAUUGUGAAUCUUCUGUGUCUCUUAGCCUGGCUGUGCUCACUGCUCCUCUCCACAGAUAGCAAUUGACAUGGGAAUUUUACCUACUUUAACUACAGGGGCAAACCAACCAAGAGAAAUAAAACAAAAUCAACUUUUUCCUUAUUGUUAUAGUCCUAAAUCCUUUCUUACAGCAUUUUCUCCUAUUUGUAUUUCUCUUAAUUCCUCCCUUGCACUGCUGCUUAGCAUGCAGGUGCUAUAAAAUACUCUAGUUGAGAAUGUCGGCUCCUUGCUUCUGCUGAGGGAUAUUUCCUUGCAGAAAAAGGUGCCACUGCAAGAGAGUCUUGCCAUUGGCACCCGAUGUGAAGCAAAUGGCUCUCCUUGUGCAUCUCUGCCCUGAUGGGAGAGGAUUCUGGAUAAAAUAUUGUGUUCAAGAGUUUUAUAUGUAUAUCAUAACCAGAACCAGAAUAUGUUUGACUGUCUGAACGUGCCCAUUUAGUUCUGUUGCAGAUUGAAGUAGUCUCUUCUUCGUGUGCUGCUGUAUGCAGGCAAACAUCUCUAAUCUGAGAGAGGGAGUUUCCAUGACCCCAAUUCUUCUGUGUAUGCUAAGAAGUUGUUUUAUAAAUGUAGAAGUGAGCUUCUUCCACCUACAUGCCACAUGUACUUUUAUGCAUGUGGACGUACGCACACAUGCAUAAACAUGAUUAAGGAUGGUAAAAAAUCCUAUUAAUUUGUGCUCAGCCUUCACUGUAUGAAAUACAUAACUUUAUUCUUGUCACAUGUAUUUGUCAGUCACCAUGGGGACUGUAAAAUACUCGGAAGAGAAAGGGUGUUUCUCAGCUGAGCCUGAUGAGCAGGUAAGGUAAUCAGCGUGCUCUUAACUGCAUUGUAAAGGUCUGUAAAGCACCCCAGUUGUGGAAACCUGUAAGUGUAGGUUUUCAGGUAGUUCCCAUGGAUACAGCUUGAUAGUUACGUCGUAGCAUCCAGCACUAAUUACACCAUGUAAUUGUUGGGAAGAAAUCAGUCUCCAUAACAACUGCUCUGCGUGCUCCAUGACCGCUAAGCGCAGUGGCGCAGGCUCCCUGGGGCACUAAUACAAUUUAAGGAAGCUGUCCUGUAAAAAUAGCUGAGACUUACUGGAGAUUUUGCAUCUCCAGGCGAUGGUAAGCUUUAAUACGUAUGUUAACAGGUGUUGCAUAGGGUUGCAUUUGUGUAUUCACUACAAAAUGGCAGCUGCACAGCUUUUGGGCACGGCCGGGUAAGUACAUAAAGUUACGUGGCAUGAAUUGAUAGAUUGAGCCCAAAAAAGAUGCUCUGAAUUAGUUUGUUUUCUUUUAUCUGUAUCGAGCGUCGAUUUAAAGCGCGUUGUGUACAUUUGGUAUUGUCAUCCUCUUGCACAUAAAGAUAACUGCAGGACUGCUAGCUGGGAGUAUGUUUUUCUGAAGCUUUUUUUUCACCCCAGCCCUUGACACACUCCCCUAUGUAUUUGAUAGUAGAAAAUGACAAUUUAAAAGCAGACUUUGUCUAAUCUAAUGGAAGUUUGAAUUGCGGAGGAUGCAGGUUCCUUGGCAUAAUAGGUUCCUGGUAUCCUGUGUUGUUAUUUAGUUUCCUGGAGUUACUUGUAUAUGGAGAGCCGAGGCUGGGAGAUGAAUCAUAAGUGUGACAAAGAGAAGACAAAGGAAUAAGGGCUGGUUCAGAAAUUGUUUCCAUCAGAAAUGUACUGAUGUAAAUAAAAAACUUACAUGGGAAAGCCAUGCAUUAUACAACACACUGAUGUCGAAGGUUUCAGAGCUAUCUCAGUGUAGGCUUCCAAAGAUGAGCAGAAAACAGCCUCCUUCCCCUUGCUGGUUCCUGAUUCCUUCCAGGAUCGGGAUCACCGGCUGCCUUUCUGGUUCUUAAAACCCUUCAUGAGUGAGGUGUCUCCAGAGGGCCUCACAAACCUUGAGCCUGAUCAUUGACCUCUCUGAUAGGCACUCGGUGCCACGCUCCAGGUUGCUUUCUUCAGAAGCUUCUCAUGGUAGCAAAGUGCUGCUAUCUGGAAUGGGUCUGCCCAUCUCCUUCCCUCCCUUCCCCAGCUCUGACCCAAUCCUUGCAAAAUCUCAGGUGUGUUCAUCUCUCCGUCCCUCUCUGGAUGCUUUCUGAAGGAUUAGGUUGUGACUUCUGACAAAAGUCAGCAAACAGCCACAGGGCUCUGGGGGAGGCAGACUGAAGGGUUUAUGUCCCCUGUUUUAUAUCCUAUCCUAAAAUACCUGGUGCUCAGGGAAAUUACCUAAGCUUCAGAUGGUCUCAAGAGAUGACCACCACCUAUUCCUGUCCUAUCCAUGGCUAGCAUGGAAAGGAAGAGGGCAGAGUUCAGCUUUCUCUGUGUACAUUUCUGUGAAUGGUUUUCCAAAGAGGGCAGGAGGCAACAGGUUGUCUUGGCUGCUGCUUCCUCCCCUGUUCGAAGUGAAUGGGAGCCCACAGACUGUAGUCACUUCGGCCACUCUCUUCUCACACGUGGGACACUCACAUGCUGCUGACACCCACAGAACCAAGUGCAUAACCUCGUGACAUUGUUCAUAAAAGGCAUUACUCAAAAUGGGUUAGCUGUGAGCACAUUUAAAAACAUUUUUCCAAGUAUUGCUUUUUUUUUAAGGUUUCUGAUGGAAUAUUUUGACCUUUUGUAACAGCGAAUGGUUAGAAAGCCUUGGAAAGGCUUUUGUUUUUGAAUGGAAAAUUAAAACCGUGAAGAAUACCAAUUCUUUGCAAUCCUUAGCAUAACAAUAAUAACAGCAUGUUGAUUUCUUUCCAUUACAUCACUGCUAAAACAGCAUAAACACACCAGAAAAUGGGAAGGCAGAGACUGUGACUGUUGUUGGAUUGUACAGAAAGGGGUCAGCAGGAAGAUUUAGUUAUCUAGUCUGGGAAUUGUUUGCUUAUAAAUUAGGUUUUCCCAAAGGAGCCGUGAGAUGGGAAAUACAAUAGGAAGUGGACUUCGUACAUGCACAGAAAUCCCAAAACUGUGCGUGUUGUGGGGGAGAGAGGUUGAUGGAAACUUGCUAUUUUUGCUAACAGAUUAAAAAAGUUUCCUAUGCUAUUUUUGAUACUAGUGAUAUCCCUACAGAGCUCUGAGUUAGUCACGACAGAAAAUUGUUUCACGUCUGAUAAUAUUGACAGGGAUCAUAAACACUUCAGGUGUUUCUUUGGAUUAUAUAAGAAUGGAAAAAGCAAUAUAGUGCCCUUUUCACACCUAAAAUAGUCCCCUUAAAUUAGAUGUCCUCACUGACUGUCAGUAUCCUUGACUGCCUUUCAGCAGCCUUGUGCUAGCCAUCCAGCAGCAAAGCAGCAUGCGUGGGGUUCACCUCCAGCAAUAACACUCAGGGGCACGGGUAAGCUUCACGAAAUCCAUAAAAUCUCCCAGGUGUUGAACUGGCAGUGGCUUCGGGGUUGCAAUUUUCAGCCCGAGCCCCUCAGACGAUAUAAAAUGGCAAGAGCAGUCCCCGAGCGUGUGCCCUGCAUCUGCUCAGCCUUGGCACAGUGGGUCAGGAGACAUCAGGGGCAUUCAAACCAGCUGUGGACUGAGUGCCCACCUGACUUUUGGGGAGGCAUUCAGUUCUUUGCAUGCCUGGAAACAUGCUGAUAUAGCCUGUAAUUUAUCUUUGGCUCUGUUUUCUCCAAGAAGCUCAGGUUAAUUUUCCUCUUUUUCGUGGAUCCAAGCUGCUAAGAAACUUAAUCACUAAAACCAACUUUUUUUUUUUCCUUCUGGAUGCCGGCUGAGCCACUGCUGCAGGAGGUCAUGGCUCAGGAAUUGCCUCGUCUCCCACCUUCCCUCCAAGAUCCUGAUACUGCAAGGUGGGCUGUUAUGGUAAAAGAUCCUGCCAGGUCUGGCUGCUGGCCCAUCCGCUAGAUCCCAGCGUUUGGGAGGAAGACAGACACAGGCAGAUGCUGAGCUCGGUUCUUCACGAGCAGCCAACUCCUUUUGUGCCAGAUAUAGAUAGCAAACUGUCAGCUUGCCUGUUAGAUUUGCUUCUUUAGUCUGACAAUGAAAAAGAGGGUCUUCUUGCCUGGGUUAUUGGCCUUCUCCAUCUCUUUAUACUAACCUCUAUUUCGUAAUCUCGUAAGGGUUAGAUGAGGUAAAGAGGAACUUGGAAAGCCAAAAGGCUAUUGCUGAGCUUAAUGUAAGAUGAAGUGCAUUUUAUUGCAGUAUUUUACAGUGGCAGAGCGUUGAAGGAGCUGGCCGUUCCCCAGAAAUGAAAAGCAAUACUUCUCAAAUCAGGCAACAGAAAUACUUCUUCAGCAAGUUGUGCCAUAUUACUAACCAAUACAAUUCAAGGAAAAAAAAAAAAACAAACACAAUUUGUUUUUUUUACAGGUUCAGAUAUGCUCAGAUGGUUUCAGUGGCGUGGUCCCUGGUGUUUUUUCAGCAUAAGAGAACAUUGUUUGCAAAUCUUUGCAGUACAGAAGUGAAAUAAUAAGUGAAAUAAACUGUGUGCCAAGGGGUGUAAGUCUUCUAUAAGCUAAGGUCGAUGUGCAGAUCCCUCCUUUCCUCUGAUGUGCACAUCAGCUGCAGACUUGCUGCAUUAGGGAAGGAUUAUAAAUCCUCCUGAUGCCUCUGACAUCAACCAGUGCUUGAUGAAACAAACCCUUGGUUCGCUGGCUCACUCCAGCUGGUGUUUGGGAUCUUAAUAGGUAGAACACUUCCCUGCUGCUGUCGUUGCUGUUGAUAAAUGCUUGCUCCAUUACACAAAUAUUUAAUAAUUCAUAUAAUAAGAACAAGAUGAUUAUGAAACCUUGUCCUGCCAGCUUCUGAGCUCAGAGGUUUCAAGGGAGAGAUGAAGUGGCAGGAGCAGUUUAAGGCCAUUGCAGUAGUGGGACAGAAGGUAAGGAAAAGAGACUUGCUGAAAACAGGCUGAAAUAAGAGAGGAGAAGUACAGUUCAGCAUUUCAAUGCAUGAAGCUUUUACAGGAAGCAGGUGGGGUUGGGACUUAAUAUCACCUAGAAAUACAAAUAUGUUUAAUCUAUUGCAUCUACACAUGCAUCAGCAGUCAAUCUUGUAACAGCAAGAAUGGACAAAGUGCUUCUCAUCAAAGUCAAAGACAAUCAGGUAUUUGGUCUAAUUAGGCCUUUUCUUAUCCCUUAUCAAAUGACCUUCGUUGUCCUUCUUUGAGAAGGCUUCGGCUGCUGCCUGGAUUGUGCCUCUCAUGCAGAACCUAGCAAAACAGAUGCUGUUAGUCUGGGUCACAGACAGCCACCUGUUUGAGUCGUGAUUGAUAGCGAUUUCCUAUCAGCGAGGUGUGCUUCAGGAAGAACGUGGCUGAAUUGUGCAUCAUUUCCCCUUUUUCUCCUCAAUACAGGUGAAUACUGAGAGAGAGAUCAGUAUCUGGAUUACGUUUUCAGUGGUCACAUUUAGGAGAAAUAUUUAAGUAAAAAUGGAGUGCUGUACCACAACCAUUCUUCACUUCAUAGGCUGGAAGUUGAUGGCAUGUCACCAGCUACCUUAUUAGUCACAGGAAGGGGAAAUAUGUAAGUUUGUGUCAUUGCAUCCAGUAGCAGAAGGCACGUGCUUCUUGGUUUUGAUUUCUCUUUAUAGGGACAGAAAUCUGAUGUUUGUGUUUGAGUGACAAAAGUAGGCUGGAGUAGCUACUCGAUGUCCAGAAAGAAACAGCUACCACAAUCAUCAACCAAAUCUAAUAUUCUACAGAGAUGUUUUUAUUAAGUCUCGGGAUACCUUUCACACCUUUUAGGCAUUCAAAACGAGUUUGGAUGUACCUGUAAUUGUCUGGUCAUACCUCAUCAGUGAUGCAGGUUGGUACGUUUCUAUGCUAUAUGCAGUACGUAUGGGUUUGUGUGGCUGAGAGCAGCAGGACAGGUGCCACAUACCCCUGAAGUGAUGGCAGAGGGGGAUGUCUAGAAGUGAUUUGGAGGCAAGAUACAGAUGGAGGCUUUUCUGAGCCCUUUCUGCGUUGUAGGAUGGGGGUGGGCAUACAGCUGGCUUCCAGGAUGGCCUGCCUGGUAAUGACAGCUUCAGCAUCCCCCGAUGGCUCAUUUUCUCCCACAGCCAAACUGCUAAUGAGAUGCACAUAGUGCAGGAACAAUGGCUUGGCCACCUUCGUCUCAUAAGGAAUAAAAAAAAUAAAAAUGAAGUUAGACAACAAUUUUGCAGUUGAUGUUCUGGGUUAAAAUAUGAUGCAGAUGUUGUUCUGGGUUAAAAAUAAUGUAUCAUAUUAAUCUGAUUUUAUAUUAGUCCUGGACAAUGUAUUAAUAUAAGAGGACAGGAUGCUGAAUGACUUUAAGGGACCUGAUUGAUCCACCUAUUGCUUCAGAUUUUGCACAUGUAGGAUCAGGGUCUCGUCUGUCUUGAUCAUCACAGCCUGGAAACAAAAAGUACAAACAAAAAAUGGCACUGAGAAAAAUCUUCUUAAAUGCGAUAGAAAGCAGAGGCUGUGUACCUACUUCCCUAAGUACUGGAACUGCAUACAUACAGGGGUGGAGAUGCAGAGGUUUCUCAGCCCUCUAAAAUCAUACUAGAUGCAAUUAAGAAAUCUGUUUUCUCAAAGCAGUUGGAAAGCUAAUAUGUGAAGAUACUCCUCUGUGAGACAGAGACUGCUCUUUUGGCUGUUGGUUAAA